UUUUCCACAAAUGGAUAGAACUACAGUUUUAUGCCACAUUUGAACGGCAGAUGGUAUUUUAUUAAAAGUUUUUCAUGGCCGAACUAUACUUGGAAGUUUGCCAUUGCUUACCGAUGGCCCAUAGAGGGCUUCGAAUCCGGGUUCUAACGAGUGGUAGGCACGGACAAAUCCAUGCGGUUAUGACUGUAUAUUCUUUGGUGAAUAGGCAUAUAGUAAAAUAUGUUCAGGAUAGAAUUAUGAAUCUGUAAGCGGCACAAGUCCCACGUACUGUAGAAGUAAAGUGGAAUUGUUGAGAAGAAGUUCUACAUUUUUUUGUUAGGAAUUUACUGGUUUAGAUAAAUAUGAGCAAUAUAGCAGCAGAGUUCUUGUUCAAGAGAUAGCACUUUUAUGAUGGCAGCAAUAAAAUUUGGAAGUAAAUAUAUUUCCCCCAAUGGAGAUAUGGUAUAUAUUAUUGCAGAAGUUGGACAAAAUCAUCAAGGAAAUCUUAAUGUUGCAAAAAAAAUUAUCACGGAAGCAAAAAGAAUAGGUUGUGACUGUGUGAAGUUCCAAAAAUCCUGCCUAUCUUCGAAAUUCACCAAAUCAGCUCUAAAUCGUCCUUAUACAUCAGAAAACUCUUGGGGUUCGACAUAUGGAGAACAUAAGAAAUAUCUCGAGUUUAGCGAGGAUCAGUACAGGGAUUUACAAAUGCAUGCGAAGGAAAUUGGAAUAGAUUUUACUGCUUCAGCGAUGGAUGAGAUCUCCCUAGAUUUUUUACAAGCGAUAAAGGUGCCUUUUAUAAAAAUUGGUUCCGGAGAUGCUAACAACGUGCUACUUUUGAGCAGAGCAGCUGGAGUUGAUAUACCCCUAAUUGUGUCUACAGGAAUGCAAACUACUGAAACAAUUGACAAGAUUGUUCAGAUCAUGCAGAAGAACGACAAAACCAAUUAUGCCUUAAUGCACUGCGUUUCGUCAUACCCUACAGAACCAAAAGAAAGCUCACUUCGUAUGAUACCACUUUUGAAAGAGCAAUACCCAAGCGUGGUUAUUGGAUAUUCGGGGCACGAAAAGGGCAUUGAAAUAAGUAAAGCAGCAGUCCUGCUAGGGGCAAGAAUCAUAGAGCGUCACUUUACACUGGAUAAAAAUCAGAAAGGCUCAGACCACAAAUGUUCGUUGGAACCCGCUGAAUUUGAAAGUCUUGUUAAAUUUAUUAAAAAGUUCGAGAAGCUUGGUCCGUUGAAUAAUGACCAAGUUUUAAAUAUACUACACAAAAAUAAAGAUGUCGAAUUGGCCUUAACGCAAGUGCAGUCCCGAACAAUACUUUUAAGUGAGUUGCCAUGUAAAAUGAAAUUGGGAAAGUCGAUCGUUGCUGUCAAGUAUCUAAAAGCCGGUGAUACAUUGAAGUUAAGAGAUUUAUGUAUUAAAGUAAGCGAGCCUAUGGGUAUUUCUGCAGAACACUUUGAUUCAAUCUUAGGCAAAGUGCUUGCAACUGAUGUGGAUGGAGACUCCCCUAUAAUGUUUCAGCAUCUUUUAGUUUAAAUUAAUUUUACUUUCUGUAUUAUAUACCACGUCAGCAACUCUUACUCAAAAGAUCCCAUUACAAUUCACUCAUUUACAGUACGGAAACAAAUAUAUAUGUAUCUUCGUCAUUGAAGUUCCAACGACACCUGUAAAAUAUGUAACCAAGAAAAAGUAAUAAAAAUAAUAUACCAAAUCAAAGGUAAUCUCGCUAUAUCA